AUGAGUGUCUCUGCUCUGAGCCCCAGCAGAUUUGUAGGCAGCAUCUCUGGCUUCCUCCAAGUGGCCUCGGUGCUUGGCUUGCUUCUGCUGCUGCUCAAAGUGGUCCAGUUGUACCUGCACAGGCAAUGGCUACUCAAGGCUUUCCAGCAAUUUCCAUCCCCACCCUUUCACUGGUUCUUUGGACAUCAGCAGUUCCAAGGUGACCAGGAGCUACAGCAGGUUUUGAAGUGUGUGGAGAACUUUCCAAGCGCCUUUACUCGCUGGCUUUGGGGGAGCAAAGCUAGCCUUUCCAUCUAUGACCCUGACUACAUGAAGGUGAUUCUGGGGCGAUCAGAUCCAAAGGCACUUGAUACCUACAGAUUCCUGGCUCCUUGGAUUGGCUAUGGUUUGCUCUUACUGAAUGGACAGCCAUGGUUCCAGCACCGGCGGAUGCUAACCCCAGCCUUCCACUAUGACAUUCUGAAGCCAUAUGUGAAAACCAUGGGCAACUCCGUCCAGUCAAUGCUGGACAAAUGGGAAAAGCUGGCUGGUCAGGACUCCUCUAUUGAGAUCUUUCAACACAUCUCCUUGAUGACCCUAGACACUGUCAUGAAGUGUGCCUUUAGCCACAAGGGUAGCAUCCAGGUGGAUGGAAAUUAUAAGAACUACAUCCAGGCCAUUGGGGACCUGAGCAACCUAUUUUAUUCCCGUGUGAGGAACAUGUUUCAUCAGAAUGACACCAUCUACAGUCUGUCUUCCAAUGGCCGCAUGGCCAACGGUGCCUGUCAGCUCGCCCAUGAUCACACAGAUGGAGUGAUCAAGCUGAGAAAGGAUCAACUGCAGGAUGAGGAAGAGCUGGAGAAGGUCAAGAAGAAGAGACGUUUGGAUUUUCUGGACAUCCUCUUGUUUGCCAGGACGGAGAAUGGGGAUAGCUUGUCUGACAAGGACAUACGUGCUGAGGUGGACACAUUCAUGUUUGAGGGACAUGACACCACAGCCAGUGGAGUCUCCUGGAUCUUCUAUGCUCUGGCCACUCACCCUGAAUACCAGCAGAGAUGCAGGGAGGAAGUUCAGAGCCUCCUGGGAGAUGGAUCCUCCAUUACCUGGAAUCACCUGGACCAGAUGCCCUACACUACCAUGUGCAUCAAGGAGUCCCUGAGGCUCUACCCACCUGUCCCAACCAUUGUCAGAGAGCUCAGCACACCUGUCACCUUCCCUGAUGGGCGCUCUUUACCCAAAGGUGCCACAGUUGUACUCUCCAUUUACGCACUCCACCACAACCCGAAGGUGUGGCCAAACCCAGAGGUGUUUGACCCUUCCAGGUUUGCAGCAGAUUCUCCCCGACACAGCCACUCAUUCCUGCCCUUCUCGGGAGGAGCAAGGAACUGCAUUGGGAAGCAGUUUGCUAUGAAUGAGCUGAAAGUGGUUGUGGCUCUGACUCUGCUCCGCUUUGAGCUGCUGCCUGAUCCAACCAGGGUUCCCAUCCCCAUAUCUCGACUUGUGUUGAAAUCCAAGAAUGGGAUCCACCUACAUCUCAAGAAGAUCCACUGAUUCUGCUCUGGAUCUCAGAAAUCUGAAAUGGCUGCCACUGACAGAAGACCUAGUUGAUGGUGUGGCCAAUCUUCCUCUGCAGAGUUCUCUGGAGAGUCCUCAUCCUCCCCUUCUCAGAAUAAACCAUCAUUUCUUGACACUGGACUCUUACACCUGCUUUAAAGCCAGAAUCUUCCAAAACCCUCUCUCCUAAUUUCCUUAACUUUUCCAAAGACUCUUGUGACAUCAUCAAGCCCACUAAAAAGUCCAAUGUAAUUCUCCCAUAUCAAUAUCUCUUACUCAAUCUAACUUAGUAUGACAUGUUUAAUUAUGAGAAAACAUUCAUGGUCUCCAAAACCUUAAGGGUUAAACAUCAUUGUGAAGUCUUGCUUUGUAUUUACAUGACUGUCGCUGGAUCAGUUUGUCUACAUCUCUCCUGCAAGUCUCUUUACCUGACUGACCCUCACACAAGUUUCUCCAUCUUCCCUGCUUUCAGCAAUAAAGUUUGUUUGUCAUGAUCUCACAUUGCUUCAAACUGCUCCUGGAUCAGGAUCCAUGAUGCCAUGGACAGACUUCCCUAGUAUGUCAUAUCUGCUUCCUGGAACAGGCUUCUCUUGA